GAACAUUUGUUCUUUCCUUCAUGGACAAGAACCGAACCAAGGCAAGUCCCAUCUAAGCGCCACGUAAAUGGAAAUCCAGAGGCAGCACCGAGCAAUCUCCGAAAACGACCGAAGAUGAAUGUCGUUGGAUAUGUUGCUCUUGAUGCCGAGGCAUGCGAAGGUACUUGCUGAACUGGGUACGAGGUUCCGACACCCGCCUUCCACAUCGACGCGCUCGUCAGCCUCCCGGGCCUGCUCCGUUCAAGAAGAUCAUGGGGCCACCGCAGCCAUUGCCCAAACAAAAGAAUCCGAAGCACGGGCCGGACGAGUUGAUUUGUCGAUGGCAGCUCGGAUGCUCCAAUCCAGUGCCAGACCGUGCGGGUAUGAUUUGGUCCGGCUCAUUCGCGCCGCCACGACGUCGCGGGGUUCCGAAUCGCAUGGCCUACAGCUUCAGAGUCUUGCCCUGAAACGUGGGUUCGGCUCCGAUGUCUUCGUGAUGACUGCCCUGAUGAGCUUCCACGUGGAAAAAGGCUCACUGCGCGGCGCCCACAACCUGUUCGACGAAAUUCCAGAGCCGAACGUGGUUUCUUGGAAUACGUUGAUUUCCGGGUAUCUGCGCUUUGGGCUGUUUCGGAAAACUUUGAGCUUGUUUGUUCAGCUGAACAAGUCUGAAACUUGCGUUGGUGAUGCGUUCUCUGUGACGGCGGCAUUGGCUGCGUGCGGUCGGUUGAGCUUGUUGCAGCUUGGAAGGUCUAUCCACUCCAAGAUCGUGAAAGUUGGUAUGCGAUGCAGUGUCUUUGUUUCUAAUUGCUUGAUUGACAUGUACGGUAAAUGCGGAUGUGUUCAAGAGGCGGUACAUGUGUUUGGAGCAAUGUGUUAUAAGGAUACUAUUUCGUGGAACUCGGUUUUGUCAGCUUGCGCUAGAAACCGAAACCUUGAAGAGGCAUUGAAUUUUUUGCAGGAGAUGCCCAAUCCCAACACCAUCUCAUACAAUGAGGUAAUUAAUGGUUUUGCCCAGUUCGGAAACAUGGAAUAUGCUGUACAGAUCCUUUUGUACAUGCCGAAACCAAGUUCAUCUUCAUGGAAUUCAAUAAUAACUGGUUAUGUGAACCGAAAUCGAUCGAGAGAAGCUCUUGAUUUCUUCACGAGAAUGCGCUCAGAAGGCAUGGAGAUGGAUCAAUUCACAUUUUCAAGCAUUCUGAGCGGAAUUGGAUCUUUAGCAGCACUGAGUUGGGGAAUGGCAAUACACUGCUGCACGACGAAGUGCGCUUUUGACUCAUCUGUGGUUGUUGGUAGUGCCCUUGUUGACAUGUACUCAAAGUGUGGCCAAGUGGAAGAUGCUGCAUUGAUGUUUGACUCCCUACCUCAGAAGAACUUGAUAACAUGGAAUGCCAUGAUAUCCGGUUUUGCCCACAAUGGUUACUUUGCCGAGGUGGUUCACUGCUUUGAGCAACUUCUUAUCGAUGGUAUAGAACCGGACGAGAUCACAUUUCUCAACGUUUUAUCUGCAUUUUCCCAUGGCGGCAUGCCAUCGCAGCUCGCCAUGAAGUACUUGGAAUCAAUGAUCGAUGACUACAGGAUUCAUCCAACAGCCGAGCACGGCUGUUCCAUAAUAAGGUUAAUGGGUCAAAGAGGAGAAGUUCGGAGGGCUGGAAAGAUGAUCCACAAACUUGGAUUCAGCACAUGGGCCUCGGUUUGGAGGACUUUGCUCGGUGCUUGCGGAUCUUGUCGGGAUCUGGAGACUGCGAAAAUCGCAGCUGCAAAGCUGAUCCAAUUGGAAGGCGAUGAGGAUUACAUUUACGUUGCGAUGUCCAACAUAUACGCGUCUCAUGGGAAAUGGAGCGAAGCAGGUGCGGUUAGAGAGCUGAUGAGGUCGAGAGGCGUGAGGAAAGGAGUCGGUUUUAGUUGGAUACAAGUGAAGAACAUCAUAUCGAAUUCAGAUGUGACUUAGGUACGGCUCGUGGAUGGCGCAAGCGAACCGGAGGCAGGGGUGAUGCGAUCGUGGGCCUGCGCAAUCCGGACAAAUCUGAGUCAGCAAUUUCAUUCUUAGCCUUGCCUAAGUCCAUCCGAGACCAAUCAAUUCAUAGAAAAAGAUCAAAUUCUUUUUAAGGACAAGAACUUUUAGAUCAGCUGCUAUGCCAGAGUUCAUGCUGAAGUUUGCAUAGAACCACCUGAACGAAACAGAAAAUGUCAUUUCUCUACCAAGAAAAUAAGAACACCAUUGAAAAGAAAUAACUUUUGUCGCAUCAUUUUCCUUUGUGAAUUGAUGUGUGCCAAUACAGUUCUUUUUGGCUGAACUGUGUAUCGGUAAAGUCGAGCAGUAUUUACACUUGCUGGUGUUUCUCUUAUGAAAGUUCAAAACCCAAAAGGAAAAAAGCUAUAAACCUAAAGGCUGUCCUGUCCAUCAAUCAUGCUCACAACCACAGAGGUAACAUCAAAUCCACCACCAGAGCCACUAACCAGGUGGACCACGCAAACCACCUCCGCUCCAAUCCGCCGCCGCCACGAACGCCUCCGUUAUUUUCGCUCUCCGACUCCAGCAGCGAGCUCAGCCUGAAAUUCGGGUUCGACCCGUAGAGCGCCUGCACCCCCUCGACGUCGUCGAUCCUCAGGUCCACCUUCCUCGUCCUCGGGUUCACCCUCGGGUACAUCACCGCCUCCCGGACCGAGCUGUGGCCCAGCCCCAGGACGUGGCCGAUCUCGUGCGUCGCCACUGACUCCAGAUCGAUCGCCACCUUCGCCUUCUCCCUCUUGAAGUCCAGCGCCCACGUCUCCGCCGCGUCGAAGUGGACCCGCCCGUCCUCCGGCGAGAACGCGUGCGCCAGCACCCCGAGCACCCCGUCGAACGGCUGCCCGUCCCCGUGGUCCCCCCGGUAGAACCCGAUCCGGAUGUCCGCCUUCCGGUACUCCACCGCCUCGACGAAGCUCACCGGGAUCACCGCCGACCACCGCGCGAACGAGCGCCGGAACACCGCCCUCACGUCCUCCUGGCUCAGGUACCCGACCGUGUACUGCGGCGAGAGCGCGUAGCUGAGCGUCGCGGGCUCCGCCCGGUCCCACCGCGGCCGCCCGGGGAAGUACGCGUAGCGCCGCAGCGGCUGCGCGCCGUCGACGGGGGUGUCCCCGACGCCGCACCGGGGCGACAUGACGGCCGAUAUGGUCUCGGCGUUGAGCUCGCCGGUGACGUCGAGCCCGAGGUUGGUCUGGAACGCGACGACGGCGGACUCGAAGUCGUCAUCGAACACGUCCGUGAAGUCGGAGACGGCGGCGGGGAGGUACCCGAACCGGCUGAAGUACCGCUUGAGCUCCGACAUGCCGUCCACCUGGGUCCCCUUCCCGGCGUCCUGGAACCUCGAGAAGUCCCGCCACGUGGAAUUCCGGGCGUCGACGGUUACUACGGUUACGGUGCCCGGCGCGGUCCUGGCGGGAAAGCACGGCGGCCAAACGAGGAGGAGGAGGAGGAGGAGGAGGGCCGACCAGAAGAGCCGCCGCCAUGCGGGCAUAGCUUUACUACGAUGUCCGGUCCGCUCCCCUAAGAUAUUCUCCUUAUGUUGGGGAUUAGGGGCUUGGAUUUGCAGGAACCCGAAAAAGGGACCCGAAUUUUAUCCUUAAUUUUCUCACAUGGGGUACGGUGAAUUUCGAUCGUGACUUGGAUGAGGUGGAGGCUGGUCGGAUGCAAGCAAUGAAGAGGGAGAUUUGAAAAGCUAAGAAGAUUCUGAACUUGCUUUAUGGCUAUUCAUUUGUUGAUUCUGGCUUUGGGGAGGGUGUUUUCUGCUUAUUGCUUUGGUGGGUUAAAUAGGGUAUUCGUUAAUUCAGUUUAAUUCAUAUGCCAAUUGGGGGAAAACGAAAUUGGUAUGCAAGUCGUCGCCUGCUUUCUUUCCUUUUUAUUUAUAAACUGGAAUUCAAUGAUGAUUAGUGGCGUAAGAUAAUA